AUGAGCAGUAAAGAAUACGCCAACUGCGGACGCUCUGGCCCCUUGGCCCGGGGAUGCCAUAGAGGAGGACAAGCUCGAGGGCGCAGAGGUAGAGGCCGUGACCGAGGUUUUCAGUGCACUUCCGCCACCCUACGUGACAUCUGUUACCGCUGCGGUGAGGCUGGUCAUCAUGCUAGGGACUGUGACUCUCGCGAGGACAUCUGCUACAACUGUGGGAAAAGAGGCCACAUCGCCAAAGACUGUGUCAAGCCUAAGCACGUGAGAGAGCUGUGCUGUUACGCUUGUGGCAGACGAGGCCAUCUUGCUCGUGAUUGUGACCAUCCAGAAGAGCAGAAGUGCUACUCUUGUGGCGAAUAUGGUCACAUUCAGAAAUAUUGCCCUGAAAUCCAGUGCUACCGGUGUGGUGAGGCCGGCCAUGUGGCCGUGAACUGCACCAAGACAAUUGAGGUCAAGUGCUACCGCUGUGGGGAGUAUGGACAUUUAGCCGCAGAAUGCCCCACUGAAGCUACCACUUAA